GCUAUUGCAGCGCAGUUUAAUGCAAAUAAGAUAUGACUGUCCAUAUAGUCACAGGCAGUAGACAACACGACAAAUAUUCCGACGCGGAACUAGAGCAAGCAUACAGCAGAGCUAGGGACGGGUUAUUAUAGGGGGUUGUCCCUCCACGUUACAUCAACACAUUGCCUCAUGUUUACACACAGCGGGAAGAAACUGAAAGUAAGGGACAGUCAGCGCCGAGAGGGCGUUCAAUGCGGAAGCGGCAGCGAGCGAGCGAGAGAGAGAGAGAGAAGUCUGUCACCGGGAUGUGAAUUUCCCCCAGUUUUAAGCAAGGUUAUGGGAAACAAAUCAUGGAAGAGGAGGUUCACUUUUUGGAAUAAUCCAGUGCGCGGUGACAAAGGAAGGAGCGAGAGGUUUCUAACCCGGUUUAGAAAACUCCCAGAAACUAAAAAAAGAACCUGUACGGUUCUGACGUGUGUGUGAAUACAUGACUCGUCUCCCGAUUCUAGAAUAUCCUACAAACUAAUACUUUAAAAAAGAUAUGACAUUCCCAUUGUGUUAUAACUAGUAUCCUCGGUUACUAUUGUUACUGUUUCAGUGUUCGUUUCAAAGUGAAAUGUCUUAGUUUCACUUUGGGGCGUUGGGUUGCAGUUUGUCCCAUUACCACAUGGAUGCAUUUAAAGGGGAAACGAGAUUGAUAUUACGGCAUUGCAAAUACAAAUGUAUCGAUUUAAUGGCAGAAUAAAUAAUCGUGGUUUAACUGAAGAUACACACAAAAUGCUGGAGUAAUUCAGCGGGUCAGGUUGCAUAUCUGGAGAAAAUGCAUAGGUGACGUUUUGGACCGGGAAGUCUGAAGAAGGGUCUCGACCCAAAACUUCACCUGUUGCUUCUCUCCAGAGAUGCUGCCUGACCCACUGAGUUACCCCAGCAUUGUGUGCCUAUCUUCGGUGUAAACCAGCAUCUGCAUUUCCUCCUUAAGCAGUUCCCCCAAUCCAUCUCAGAGAGAGUGUAGGAGAGUGUAGGAAAGAUCUGCAGAUGCUGCUUUAAACCGAAAGUCGACACAAAAUACUGGAGUAACUCAGCGGGUCAGGCAGCAUCUCUGGAGAGAAGGUGAGAAGGAAUGGGUGACGAGCGAAGAAAACGAGCGAAGGGGAUCUCCCUGGGAAAUAUACAGAAAGGGGUUCAUCAACGUGGGACAUUGUUUUCAGCCACGUAUUUUGCAGUAGUCCGGGUACUCCGUCACUUUCCAUUUUCAUAUCGUCCGUCUGUACCGCCACACCCCCGCUCCAGCUCUGUCUUUAAAACACUGGAUUGUCCGAACUCAGGUGAGAAAGGACUAGCAUCACUACUGCAAGGCACAAGAUGGUUGGCCGUUUACUGCUCUGUUUGUGGUUCUCGUCACUGAUUGCAACAGUGAGAAUGGCCUUUGAAGGGAAGUAUACUAUUGUAAAUAAAGCCAAUCAGUUGGUGCACCUCAGCUGCAACGCAACCUCUGAUCAGCUUCGGAAUGGCAUCCACUGGCGUCUCGAUGGAGUACCACUCACCAGGAAUGCCCACAAGGACAUCAUUGAUGUAGAAGUGACUGACCGGCCAGAUGCGGGCAACUAUAGCUGUCACUUGAACAACACUGCUGAGUUACUAAAACACUACUACUUACUGAUAGACGUGGGAAGACAGCCAGAUAAAAUACUGAACGAGGAAAAUGGAAACUACAUCACAUGCUAUGCAGAGAAAUUCGGCAAGAACUUUACCUGUCUCUGGAGGGAAAAAGAAAAGGCCAUCUUCUCAGCAAGAUUUCACAGAGAAGGUGGAAAUGGGGUCUCCAAGGACUGUGUCUUGACACCGUGUAAUAAUGCGAAGUGUACCGUACAAGCAACUUGCACAGACAAUACUUUUUCUCCAUAUGCUGAAGAGUUAAGACAAAUUGUAUUCACUGUGGAGGCAGCCACAAACAAACGAUAUGAAAAGCACAUAAAACCUUUCUACAUAAGAGAUAUUUUGAAACCUGCUGCUCCGAAGGAACUAAAGAUCCAUCAUGUUCAGAAGCAAGACAACGUCAUUGUCAGCUGGCAAUAUCCAGAUUCCUGGAACAACCCCCAUUCCUACUUCCCACUGCUGUUCAAGGUUGAUGUUGAACUGAACUCCAGAAGGUUAAAACGUCGACAGAUCUCGACACAGGUACAGUAA